AUGCACCUGCCUACCUUGGUCUGUGUUGUAUUUCACCUGUCAGCCGUGAUCCAGUCGGCUGCAGUCGAGCAGGACACUGGUGUUGUAUCGGUCAGCAUUGGGGACAACGUGACUCUACGCUGCUCCUACGACAGUCAGGUGUUGAUGCACUUCUCCUGGUACAGACAAACAUUAGGAUUCAGACCGGAGCUCCUGUCUAGUGUUUACAAACAUGAUGAGCCGUCUAAAGUCUUCCACUGGUUGGAGGAGAAUCCUCGUUUCUCUGUGCGGAGGGAGGAAGGGAAGAAUCAUUUACACAUCUCUGACGUCCAACUCUCAGAUUCGGCUUCGUACUUCUGCGGAGGCUCGCACUCCAACAUGUUGGAUUUUGGAGAGGGGAUCUUUUUAAGUGUCAGAGAAAAAGUAGAACACGAGGAUAUUGUCCAGGGGCCUGUAUCUGAGACCGUUCCCCAAGGAGGCUCUGUGACUCUCAACUGUACAGUUCUCACCAGGACCUGUGAUGGAGAACACAACGUUUACUGGUUCAGACGCGGGUCUCGCCACGGCAUCCUUCACACACAUGGUGAUCAGUGUGAACGCAUCUCUGUACCGGGGUCUCCAUCACACAGCUGUUCAUACCACCUGCAGAGGACCAACCUCAGGGCCUCUGACGCCGGGACCUACUACUGUGCUGUGGCCUCCUGUGGCGAGAUACUGUUCGGCAGCGGAAGCGAGCUGCUGGUCCCAGACGACCAAACGGCACAGAUGAGAACCUUGGUUUGGCUCUCCAUCAUUAGAACUGGGAUUCUCUUGCUCUGUCUCACUGUUUGUCUCUUGGUUUACUUCACAAACGGCUGA